AUGGAAGCAAUAAAUCUCAACCAACUGCGCACCAUGGUUGAUGCCAUGAUUGGGAGCUGCGAUCAAAUUGUGUUCAUGCUAAGAAAUACUCGAGAACAAUGGCACGAUGCGCCAUACUUCCUAACGCCGAUCAUGGAGAGUUGUCAAAAACUUCAUCAAACGAUAUCUCAGUUUCGUGAUCACCUGCGCGAUGAGACGGGUCUCCCGCUCGACGCCCUUCAUUCCAUCUUUAGUUCAUUUCAGAAGGUUCUGAGUUGGGUCGACAAGAGUGCCCGAGAGAUACAACCAAUAGGCAACAGUGCAGCAGACAGAAAUCUUUGGAAACGAUUCAGACAAGAAGUUCCCGAUUCCACGCUCAAGAAUUGCAGCAAUGAGCUCGAUAAGCAAAACAGUUCGAUCGGAAGACCCGUAAAUAUUCUAAAGCUACCGCUAGGCCAGAGGCAACGUUCCUUCUAUCAGCUUCAUUCUUGGAUAAAAGAAUAUGGCCAUAGCUCAUCAAUCGGAGCCUCCGGUGGUGCGAGAUUCUCAUUCAGUGCAUUUAAAAUUCCCUCUCAGAAACUCUCCUAUCGCUUUCGACGACAGGCCAUCGAAGCCAUAACAAUUUCUUCAUUUGGAUGGUUGGUUGUGAUAAGCUUAGUGAGCGGGGUCAUCUGCUCUCUGCUCAUACCGGAUAUCAAUGUGAAGGGCAAAGUUCAAGCCUGCAUUACUGGUCUCACAUCAUCUGGCGCUUGGGCCCUAUCGUUGAUUGAAGGACUGCUGGCACGCUGGCUUUCGUGGCUCGGUACUCAGAUGUUCAGCUCCGACCCUCCUGGGGCAUCUCAUAUCCCUAAGUCUGCCAGCCGGGAAGAACUGAGCGUGGCCCUUCUGGAAGCGGCGACAGUUGGCUCGCUACGAGACGCGGCAGCUCUCCUAAAACGAGGAGCGCGAUGCACCAUACGGGACGAAAAUCUCAUGACACCUUUACAUUUAGCAGCAAGUUGGGGACACUACGCUAUCCUUGAGCUCUUAAUAAGUUACAAAAACAAGGACUGGUACGCCCAGGGCGGUAUAACGCCCAUACAUCUUGCAGCAAGAUACGGCCACAGCAAGGUGGUGAAGAUGCUGAUAUCGAAUGGUGGGCACGAUUGGAUAAACGAUAGGGCUGAUAGUCCCGUAACUUUGCAAAAGUUCAAGUUUCCACCAGUCAUCGCACACGCAAAGACCUUUUCGGCACGAGAACUAGCAGCUAUAUAUGGUCAUGAAAACGCAGUACUUGCCUUCCCAUCGACCAAGAAAGAUGACGUUCUUCAUGCCAUGUCCUCAGCAUGUGCAUUAGGAAACCAGAGUAUGGUAGAGACGAUAUGGCGUCAUCACAAGCAGAGAUCGUACUUUAAGAGACAUUCAAACCCAACAAGACUGGUCAGCACGUUCCAUGCACCGCCGCUUCACUUAGCCGUCACUUCCGGAAACCCUGCACUGGUCGCUUAUCUCCUCGAACGUGAUUUUCCCGUCAAUGAUCAAAGUACCGCCAAGGACUCGCAGUAUAGCUCCCCUGCGCACUAUGCCGCUAUAACUGGCUCCGUAGAGAUUCUUUAUCUCUUAAAGAGUAGCGGAGGCGCCAUGGCAAGCUUGGACUUCAGGAACCGGACACCGCUGUCGUAUGCUGUCGAGUACGAGCAUGUACAGGCUGUUUCGUUUUUGGUGAGGCAGGUGCCUUUAUAUCGAAGCACGUCUAGUGAAGAUACCGUAACCUUGCAUCUCGGCUCGGGACACAGAGAGCAUAUGAAAGGUUGGAAUGUUAUGAAUGGCGAAAUAAGGAAAAUUCUUAAACAGAUAGGAAUUUGA